AUGCAUGUAGUAACUUCAAGCAAUACAGAAGCAAUUUCCAAGUGGUGUGAAAUCGCCAAGAUAGUAGCAGAUGAAAGCAACAUUGGUACCAAGCCUGUACACCGUUUCCUCAAAGAAACUGGUUGCCCAGAAUGUUACCUGGACAAUGCCGAGUAUCUCGAGAAGUUUGACCCUCACGGGCUUUAUCCAACAUCCAUUUACCGCAAAUGUGAAGGAGACAUUUUGUCCAAACCUGAUGCCUCGGUGGUCGAGUGCACCAUGAGGCAUACCCUGACCACAACCGCAAAAAUUGCGUAUAAAGUAUUAGACCCAGCCAAUCCAGAGCUGAAAAACGUGUAUAAGCCAUUAGGGAGGUGUGUGGCAGUUGUUGAUAGCAAUGUGAAUAAAAUCUACGGAGAAGAAAUACAGGCGUAUUUCGAUGAGCACUGCAUCGAACUGCAGAAGGUUGUCAUUACCGCUGGCGAAGUUGACAAAGAUAUCGCAACAGUACAGAACCUCCUUGUGAUGCUGAAAAAGUUACGAGUCAAGCGAAACGAGCCUGUUUUUGUCGUGGGAAACGGCGUCAUACAUGACGUCACCGGCUGCGCAUGCUCCAUGUAUCAUCGUAACACACCUUACAUAAUGCUGUCCACCAGCGUGGUGGCUGGCAUCGACGCUGGUCUCUCUCCUCGCACUGGUUGUGACGGAUUUGGCUUCAAAAACCUGUUCGGUGCGUAUCAUCCUCCUGUUCUAACGCUCACUGACAGAAGCUUUUUCCGCUCUCAACACAGCGCCUGCUUGCGUCACGGCAUUGCUGAAAUUGUUAAGAUAGCGGUGGUGAAAGAUGAGGAACUCUUCUCCCUGCUAGAGCAGAAGGGGUGUAAUCUUCUGUCUACCAAGUUUGGCACAGAAAUGGAAGGCUUCCAAGGAGAUCAAGAGGCCUUUGGACGCGUUUGUGAUCUCAUUAUUGGCAAAGCUCUCGAAUACUACAUGAGAUCCGAAUACAGCAACAUUUUUGAAACGCAUCAGUGUCGCCCACACGCAUAUGGGCACACUUGGAGCGCUGGGUACGAACUCGCUUCAGGAAUGCUCCACGGUCAGGCUGUGGCCACUGGGAUGGGCUUCGGUGCCUAUCUUUCUCUCUGCCUAGGUUGGAUUACGCAAAACGAGUUUGAUCGGAUCCUGAAGCUCCUCAGUGACCUUGGAUUAUCUUUGUGGCACCCUGUCAUGGAAGAUUCUCAGGCUCUGUACCAAAUCCAGGCAAGCGUUAUCGAGAAGCGGGCUGGAAACUUAGUGGCACCAGUACCCAAAGGACUCGGAAAGUGCGGCUACAUCAACGACAUGCCUUAUGAGCUGCUUGACAAGCGCCUCCGAGAGUACCGAAAGGUCACCCAUGGAUAUCCAAGGCAAGGGGUUGGCAUUGAAGUGCACUGCAAGGAUAUUGGGCUUGAGGAUCCGGCCACUGUGGGAAACGUAAACAAGGAACUUCCCAACGAAGACGCUUAGGAUAUUGCAUUGGGAAACGGCUGCCAUCUCAAUGGCGUUAAACUAUGAGGCUGUAAUAUAAGAUGUCGUUACCCUUCAAUGAUCGUUUUGUAGAAGAAAAUAGUUAUUAUGUAAUAUUCUAAUAAUUAAUGUAUUCUUAGACAGGUCAAAAGUAUUUUAUUUACUCCAAGUACUGUCUGUUUAGGUAGCCCGCCUAGAAUAGCUUUGAUAACUGCGGGCUACAAAGGCCUUUAUUUUUUUAAUUUAAAAAAAAUAAUAAAGUCAAUGUUGUUGUUGUUGUUGUAGUACUUAGAUAGAAAGAGCAUUCAGUUAACUUACCGAUUUGAAUGAGUUACUUUGUGCAUGACAUUUCAAAGGUGCAGUUCUGAUCUCCAUUCUAAAAUGCUUGUUUAAGGUUCCCAAGCUAGACACAAAAAAAAUAAUAAUGAAUCCGCUAGUUUGAAAAGAAGUAGACGAUGAAAAUUUUCCGAUAGGAUAACAAUUAAGUUUUUCCAAAGGAAUUGAAACAAUAUUCAUUUCAGAUCCAACUUUUGGAUCUUAAUUUACCAGCGAAUAUCCUCGAAUCUGUAGCCAAUAAUUGUGAAUUACCUCUGAGCUUUAAUGUUAUACUUCAUAAAAUUAAUUUCAUGUUAUGUCACAGCUUCAAAAGAUAUCGUUUUUAAAUAAAGGAUUUGAUUGAUUGA